UUGUCAGCGGAGGAAAAUGAAGAUAUCGCUAUCACAGAACACUUCCAAGAUUGUUCACAACUCGUCGAAGCAGAAGCUGCCCAGCAGUGGAACGGGACAGUUGAGAAACUGAAAAGUGCUUCCAAGUCUUCGCGUGUGUUCGUUUUAUCCUUUCGGUGGUUAAAAGGAGUGUUCCUCCUUUCAGUAUCGGUUUCGAGAAUUUUGUAGGAAGGACACUUCCUCACUAAACCCAGGCCGCAACCAUGGGUGCGAUGUUCCGAAGUGAGGAGAUGAGCAUGGUGCAGCUGCUCAUCCAACCGGAAGCCGCCUACCAAUCAGUAGCCGAGCUGGGCGAGCUAGGAAUAGCGCAGUUCCGUGAUCUGAACGGGGACAUCAACAUGUUCCAGCGGAAGUACACCAGCGAGAUCCGGCGCUGCGAGGAAAUGGAGCGCAAGAUCGGCUACAUCCGGCGCGAGAUCCUGAAAGAUUCCGUGACAAUCCCGGAGAUGCCGGAAGUUAUUCCACGCACGCCGAACUCGCGCGAAAUCAUCGACCUCGAGGCGCAACUCGAGAAGACCGAAAAUGAGAUCGUUGAGCUGUCGGAGAACAACCAUGCGCUGUUGCAGAACUUCAUGGAGCUGACCGAGCUGAAGAACGUGCUAGAAAAGACGCAAGUGUUCUUCUCGGACAAAUCAAACGUGCAGAACCUGGAGGCAACCGGUGGUGAGGCGGCCAACGAUGGCAAACCGCUAGGAUUCGUAGCAGGAGUGAUUUCGCGCGAACGCGUAAUCGGUUUCGAGCGAAUGCUGUGGCGCGUGUCACGUGGUAAUAUUUUCCUACGUCAAGCAACGCUGGAGGAAGCACUGGUUGAUCCGAAAACGGGCGAUGCGGUUCACAAGAUUGUGUUCGUGGCAUUCUUCCAAGGCGAACAGCUCAAGUCCCGUGUAAAGAAGGUGUGCGCUGGCUACCACGCCGCUCUGUACCCAUGCCCGAACGAGUACAACGAACGCGAGGAGAUGCUCCGUGGCGUGAGGACGCGCAUCGAAGACCUGAGGAUGGUACUCGGUCAAACGCAGGAUCAGCGGCAACGCGUACUGCUGAACGUUGCCAAGGAGGUUCCAACGUGGGAGAUCAUCGCGAAAAAAGUGAAAGCCAUUUACCACACGCUGAACAUGUUCAGCGUGGACGUAUCGAAGAAGUGCCUGUUCGGGGAAGCCUGGGUACCGACGGCCGGUCUCCAGGACGUAAAGAACGCCCUCGUAAACGGAUCGGCAGCCGUUGGCAGCGCCGUGCCAUCGUUCCUAAACAUUAUUGCAACCAACGAGGAACCACCGACGUACAACCGCACCAACAAGUUCACAAGCGGCUUCCAGAACCUGAUUGAGUCCUAUGGUAUUGCUUCGUACCGUGAGGCGAACCCGGCCCUGUACACGAUCAUCACGUUCCCGUUCCUGUUCGCUAUCAUGUUCGGCGAUCUGGGCCACGGCAUGAUUCUGUUCAUCCUUGGCAUGUGGAUGGUGCUGUGGGAAAAAUCGCUGGCCAAGAACAAGGAAGAAAUCUGGCAGCUAUUCUUCGGCGGUCGCUACAUCAUCCUGCUGAUGGGCAUCUUCUCGAUGUAUACCGGCUUCGUGUACAACGAUAUCUUCUCGAAGGGAAUGAACAUCUUCGGGUCGUCCUGGAGCAUCAACUACAACACCUCCACGAUCAUGACGAACGAGGAUUUGCAGCUGAACCCCACGACGGACUAUUCUGAGACGGUGUACUGGUACGGAUUGGAUCCGCUCUGGAUGUUGUCCACGAACAAGAUCAUCUUCCUGAAUUCGUUCAAGAUGAAGCUGUCGAUCAUCUUCGGCGUAGUGCACAUGAUCUUCGGCGUGUGCAUGAGCUUGGUCAAUCACAAACAGUUCCACCGGCUAGAAAAUAUCUUGCUGGAAUUCAUCCCACAAAUUAUGUUCCUUGUGUUGCUGUUCGCUUACAUGUGCUUCAUGAUGUUCUUCAAAUGGAUCAUGUACACCGCCGUCACCGAUGAGGAUCACCUGAAGCCGGGUUGCGCACCGUCCGUGUUGAUCAUGUUCAUCAACAUGAUGCUGUUCAAGAGCCAGGAGCCGCUUCCGACUUGCAGAGAGUUCAUGUUCGAGGGCCAAAAAACGCUCCAGAUCAUCUUUAUCGUGCUGGGCCUGAUCUGUAUCCCGUGGUUGCUGCUGGCCAAGCCAUUUUACAUCAUGGUUCAACGCAAGAAAAAGGGCACCGGACAUGUAGCGGAACCGGCUCAUCAAUCGUCGUCGAAUCACCAUGACGAUGAGCCGAUGAGUGAAAUUUUCAUCCAUCAAGCAAUCCACACGAUCGAGUACAUUUUGAGUACCAUUUCUCACACUGCAUCGUACCUUCGUUUGUGGGCACUUUCGCUAGCACACGCCCAACUUUCGGAGGUGCUCUGGAACAUGGUGUUCCAGAUAGGAUUGCAGAAUGACUCCUACAUCGGGGCCAUACUAAUUUGGGUUCUCUUCUGGCCAUGGUCCGUUUUGACUAUCGGUAUCCUGGUCGGUAUGGAGGGUCUGUCCGCUUUCUUACACACCCUCCGUUUGCACUGGGUCGAGUUUAUGAGCAAGUUUUACGAAGGUCUAGGAUACGCCUUCAAGCCGUUCUCCUUCAAAGCGCUACUGGAAGAGGAAGAAGCUGAGUAAACGGCCAACGCAGAUUGCAGCAAAAUUAUAUGCGCUUUCAUGUAGAAACCACUGCUAACCAAAUAAACGAUGGUUUAGAAUGCA